CGUGAAUAUUACCAGUGCUCAAUUUUACGAACGGGCCCGCCCUGGUAUAUGACAGAAUUUGUAUUUUAGUAUUAAUUGCUAAGUAUAUGUGACAUAUCAGUUAAUACAGUGAGAUUAUCAUUUACCGUUUUCAAUUAAAGUUGUGAUCAUGGCUGCAGUUAAUGUUUAUUCCACAAAUGUGACUACAGAUAACCUUAGUCGACAUGAUAUGUUGGCAUGGGUUAAUGAUUGUUUGGCAUCAAACUUUACCAAGAUCGAAGAACUGUGCACUGGUGCAGCAUAUUGUCAGUUUAUGGAUAUGCUUUUCCCAGGUAGUGUUGUCAUGAAGAGGAUCAAGUUCAGAACUAAUCUGGAACAUGAGUACAUUCAGAACUUCAAGAUCCUUCAGGCAGCAUUCAAGAAAAUGUCUGUAGAUAAGAUUGUUCCAAUAGAUAGGCUAAUCAAGGGCAGGUUUCAAGAUAACUUUGAGUUUCUGCAAUGGUUCAAAAAGUUCUUUGAUGCCAACUAUUCGGGUACAGAUUAUGAUGCCUUGGCAGUUCGAGGGGGGGAACAAAUGGGAAGUGGGGGUUUAUCAGCACCUCGUGGGGGUGGUCAUAAUGCAAAACGUGCACCAUCAAUUGUACCAGCUACAGCUGCAGCCACCCGUCCCAUCAGACAAGCUGUACCAAAAAUGAGUCAGACUUCUCGCCCAGUCCCAAACAGAAAUCAAGGGAUUUCCAAUCAGAGAGGAGAUGCUGGCAAAGUGGAGGAACUCAAUACACAGACGUUAUUUCUGAACAGCGACACAGUUUUCCAAGAUUACAUUGCUCCCAUUCACACAGCUGGAACUGUUCAGUCAUGGUUUGAGGAGCUUGAAGGUGAAUUUCAUCAUCCCUGGCCAGCACAGUCACCAGAUUUGAACAUCUUUGAACCAGUCUGGUCAGUUUUGGAGACUAGAGUAUUAACAGAAACCACAAUUUUCUUUCUCUUAUUGCAGGAUGGAUUUGCACCCCCUGAAGAUGUUGAUGGAGAUGUUCCACCACCACCAAAUGAAGAAGAAGAGUACUGAUCAGUUUAGGCCCUAAUGUGUACGUGUAAAAAUGUGGUGGCAGUGAAAUGUCUGCAGUGAUUUCGUACAUUGGAUAUACUUAAAAUCUCACUAUGAAAUUAAGAAAUGUACUAUAAUUCCUGUUUAUUUUCAGCAUGACUUUGAAAUAACUUGCACAUGAGUGGCUUCUUUUCAUAAGUGAUAUGAUUGCAGUCUUAACAGUGCAUACUGCUUUGCCAAGAGCAUAAAUAUGUAAGUUUGUAUGUUUGCCAUUCAGAUAUACUUUUUAAAGGCCGAAUUUGUGCCACAUAAUAACAUUGAAUCGUAUAGCUUAUGAGAUGUGCCGUUUCCACUAUAAAUAUUGAAAGAUAAUAUUUAAAAUGUUGCAGCCUUGCAGGUAGUGAGUACACUUCUUGCAUUGUGUGUUAAAUUUCAGUAGGUAUGGUGCAGAGUGUCUAUCUUUUUUGUGUCAUGAGACUUCUCUUUGGCAGCAUUUAAAGUUCCAUUUUCCAUUAUUUCAGUUGUGUUUCUUGAGUUGUUAGUCAUUUCAUAUUCAGUAAGAGUUACAACCUCUUGGAUUCCAUAACAGACUUGUACCACUGUACUUUUUCUUUGGAGCUGAGAGUAUUUUAACUUCUGUGGAAUUUUGUCAUGUUUUGUUUCAGUAAGUAAAAAUGUAACAUAUUAAAUGUUGUUUACUUCAUA